AUGUCGACCAUCUCCUUUACCAGGGAGACGACUAAUCAUUAUUAUUCCACGUCUGAUAUACUUGGUAGAGGUGCUACUUGUGAAGUUUAUAAAGGUAUUAGCAAGACUGGCGAAUACAGAGCUCUGAAGAUCUUUUUAGGAAGGGGAAAACAUUCUGAUAUCCAGAGAGAAGUAGUGGCAUUAAAAAAUCUCCAACAUAAAAAUGUUGUAAUAUUUUAUAAUUUAGAGAAAGACAGGAAUUCUUGUAGAUCUAUAAAUAUAUAUAUAGGCUUAAGCUUUAUUUCAACAGCAAGACCUGUCGUGGUAACGGAAUUGUGUGAACAUGGCAGUUUACAAGAUGUUUUAAAUGAAUUGCCUAAUAAAUAUGGAUUAGAUGAAGAAGAGUUCUUGUUGAUCUUUCGACAUCUUGUGGAUGGUAUACGUCAUUUAAGAAACAAUGGUUUUGUACAUAGAGAUAUUAAACCUGGUAACAUAUUGAGGUGUAUAGAUGAAACUGGAAGGUCUCUGUAUAAGCUAUCAGAUUUUGGUACAGCUAGAUUAUUAGAAGAUGAUGGACAGUUCAUGUCACUUGUUGGUACUGAAGAAUAUUUGCACCCAAAAUUGUACAACGCAGCAUUUUUCUCUGGAGAACAAGAAUUUGAUUGCAAAGUCGACCUGUGGAGUUUAGGAGCAACAUUAUAUCAUUGCGCUACUGGUUCUGUACCAUUCCGACCUUAUGGGGGCAGAGAAGACAAAGAAGCUAUGUAA